AACAAACAUGAUACUCUCCCCUGUGGAGAAGUGGCUCAUAGGACGAAGCCAUCUCAGUGAGGCCAUGGAACCUUUAAACUGCCUCACGUUCACCCUCAGCUGUUAGGAUCCGGAGUUCGUAGCAAAUUACCACUUAAAUCUACCCCACCAUUUCUCAACUGUGAAUUGCUGGGUAAGGAACCCAUCAUGGCAACAGGCAUUCCAGAGUCAUCCAAUUCGAGAACACAACCUGAGGGAACCCAAGGACUACAAAAUCUUACUAGACAAACACAAUCACCUGUCCAAAAUGUGCAGCCUGAACCGAACAGUGACUACCCCCUUUCUCUGGGCUAUUCAACUAACAACAAACCAACUAUCCAUCCGUUGUGUGACACCGAUCGACUUCAGGGUGAUAGUUCAGGAUUUUGUGUUGAUAGCGAGGGAAGGUUAAGCAGAGAUGAACAACCUAUUCAGACAAACCAGGAAGUAAUGACCCCACCAGUUGGGCUUCCAUCCCAUAGCUCCUCAUUCCAGCCAUCCGUGGAUGUUACCAUCCCAUCAGAGGAGCCCCCACCCUACAGCCCACCAGACCCCAAAAUGGCCUACCUUUUCUACCCUUCCCAGCUUCCUCACCACCCUGGACCAGCUGUCAUAGCCUGUCAGCCAGGACCCAACCAGCCAGCAUUCUACCAGUCCCAAUUCAAUCCUUUGCCCAACUACCCUCCCUAUACCAUAUAUAUGAAUGGGUCAUCGCUGGGCGAGGAGAAUGUACCACUUCCUAAAGAUUACAUGGUAGAGUCCUUGCUGGUUACCAUAUUCUGCUGCCUAAUGAGUGGAAUCAUGGCUCUGAUGUACUCCUAUGAGACACGUGCUGCCUUGGCCAGAGGAGACUUGAGGGAGGCAGAGAGGACCUCCCAAAAGGCCCGCCUGCUGGUUCUGUUCAGCUUGAUGUUUGGGGUCUGCGUUUGCGUGGGCUGGGUCAUCUACAUUGUUAUAGUUCUAUGUGCAUAGUGAAGCGAACAGGCCUUUUCUCCGGUGAAGAUUUCCAGAUACAUCAUUUGUGCAAAGGUUACUCUGAUGCGCUGAGGAAGAAUGUUUCAGAGACCUUUUACUAUUAGUUACAUAUUUGUAAUGAGUUAUUGUUUGGUGUAAUUAAACACAGUCCUUGAGACUCUAAGCUAAUGGUUCUCAACCCGUGUCCUCCGGGACCCCCUGUCCUCCAUGUUCUUGAUGUUUCCCUGCUCCAACACACCUGUUCCUAAUGAAUGGUCGUUACCAUGCUUCUGCUGAGCUAUAUAACAACUUAUUCAUUGGAAUCAGGUGUUGGAGAAGGGAACCGUCUAACCAUGCAUGCCAGGGGGGUCACUGAGGCACAGGGUGGAGAACCACUUCUCAAAGCGCUGUAGUGGAAAUUGCUGAAAGGUGAGUGUAAAGUUAUGUUCAUAAUGUAAACCAAUGAAAAUACUGUGUCCCAAUAAAGCUUAAUUUUUAUUAAA